AUGGUUCUCAAAGUCGUAACGGGAGUUUUUCUGCUGCAUUGGGGCCUGAGUUUAGCGAUAACGCCCAUCGGCAAAAUGUCUCAAAUAACGGCGGAAGAUUUCUGUGCCGCGCAAUAUUUCGACGAAGUGCAUAAUUUAAGAGGUGCCCCGUGUCGUCUCGGAUGGUAUUACGUGAUGGAAAAUGCCGCGGAAAGUACUUUGCUCCAAUGCUACAUUUAUUGCGUUGGUUAUAAUUUGGGACUUUUGAAUGGCGAUGGCACCAAUGGCUUUGUCUAUGACGCCCACUUUCCGUUCAUCCGAAAUAGCUCGUGUGCCACGCGCUCUCAGUAUUUCUGCGGAAAGGCAUACGAAGUGAUCAAGUGUUUGUUUGAGGAAAACGACAAUGUUGGCGGAUCGUUUGCCGCACUGCUGAGGAAAUAUAAUCACUUGUCGAAACACGUUGAAGGACGAUUGAAGCCCGAAGAUGUAAAGUAACGCGAUGUAUAAAAAAGGGAAAAAUAAACAAAUUAACUCACCUAACGAACAGUUGUUCUUGAUUGUUGACGCGCCAUGAGACGACUGUGGCACCUGUAAAGUAAAAAAAAAUAUGAAAUUUAUUUUUUUUAAAGAAAAAUUAGAAAAAAAAAAUCGGAGUUUCCAUUUGGAUUCAAUUUAAAAAGUAAAAAAGUUGCUUUAAAAAAAUUAUUUUUUGAGAUUUUGUGAC